UAGUAAUUCAUCCUCGCUCCCGGCACAAUAAAGAAACACGAGAACAGCUUUCAGCAUCAAUCUCUUUCAUCACUGCAUCAUUGACAAGCCAAGGGAACAAUACAAGAGAAUGAAAUCCAUUUUGCUUAAGCAGAGGAUUGCAUCGAUGUACUAUCUUUUGUUGCUUUGCAAGCUCUUUCUUCACUAGCCCCUGUUCUAAAUAUAACCAGGAUUUGAGAAAAAAUAAACAAAAAUACAAGCAUGAAAUGCACAAGGGGCUAUCCAUUUACAGCACUGUACACCACCGUGUAUUUGUGGGUUUUGCUUGUAACAGAUAGAAGCUUAUCAGGAUUCAGGCCCCAUAAGAAGGGGCAUGCUUGCCUUAAUCCACUCUCCUCUUUGCCCUUUUCCAGACAUUUUUUGUUUUUCUUCUCUUGACAGCUUAAUUUUACUUGCCAUUCACUCAAAAAUUAAAAAGAGAAAAGAAAACUGUAAUUAAAAUGAUGGCAAUAAUAUCAUCUCUUGUCACUUUCCCUAUCAAGAAUUAAAAAAAGAGAAAAAAUUGAGAAAAAAAGAGAGAGAGAGAAAAGAAAACCCCUCCCACUUUCAACUUUAUUUAAAUUAUUUAAUUUCCCACAAGAUUCCAACCAAAACAUCAAUAUCUUUAUAAUAUAUAUAACAUGAAAUACAAAUCUCCAAUAAUCAUCGCACACAUAUAUUCAUCAAUGCCAGCCUUUUAUUAUUAUUUAAUAUUUCGAUUUGCCAUUAUUAUUAUUAUUGUUUUCUUAAUCCCAUUUCGGACAGACUUAGGGAAGUUAGGAACAAUAUUAGCUCAACAACAACUAAAAACCAACACAAACUUUCCUAUUAUUUUUAUCGCAGAAAAAAAAAAACCAUUUUCCAAAUCAAACCACCCCACUAAUUCAAAAAAUCUAAAUUCACUUUCACAGCUGAAAUCCAAUCUUCCUUUCUGCUCUCAUCACUCUCUUUACUCUACAAAAAAAUAAAAAAUAAAAACACAAAUUUUCUUUUCCUUUUUGCUUUUUUCCUUAAAACCCCUGUUAAGUUCUGUUUCUGCUUAACUUGGAGCUCUCUAAUCUCAAAAAUUAAGCUAAAAAAAUCUCAAGUUUUUCAAUUUUUUGUUUCUUUUUUAAAAUUAAAACCUACCUGUAUAAAGCUCUCUCUUCUAGCUCAUCCCCAGCUUUUCUUCCAUUUUUUUGUUCCUUUCUGGGUUUUAUAUUUUGGAGUUUUUUUUUUCCUCUAAAAAAGUAGGAAUUUUUUAGGUUUAAUUUUCAAGAAAAAUCGAGACUUUUUAAUAUUUGGAGAUGAUUUGAGCUCAAAAUCAAAAUGGGUUUUUAGGAAAACUUGUCCAAAAUAUAAUUAAAAAAAAUCGUUUGAAGGGUUUAAGAAUGGAAACAACUGUAAAUAGUACUAGUGGUGGUGGUGGGGUUACAGUGGUGGGAUCCGGUGCUCCCUCAGAUUACCAAAUCGCUCCCAGGUCCGACAACAACCCAAACUCAACACCUGGAUCCGCGCCACCAGCUCCGCCUCAAGCUCCACCGCAAGCUCCACCGCCCCACCCGCCGCCUCCGGCGGGGUCUAUGCCAGAGAAGAAGAAGAGAGGGAGGCCUAGAAAGUAUGGUCCGGACGGGAGUGUCACCUUGUCUCCGAAGCCGAUUUCGUCGGCGGCUCCGGCGACGCUGCCACCGGUGAUUGAUUUCUCAGCUGGGAAACAGAAGAAAAUAAAGCCAUUGAGCAAAGCCAAGUAUGAGCUGGAGAAUUUAGGUGAAUGGGUUGCAUGCUCUGUAGGUGCUAAUUUUACUCCCCAUAUCAUCACAGUCAAUGCAGGCGAGGACGUCACCAUGAAGGUCAUAUCAUUUUCUCAACAAGGGCCUCGAGCUAUAUGCAUACUUUCAGCUAAUGGUGUGAUCUCUAGUGUUACGCUUCGCCAGCCUGAUUCUUCUGGGGGCACAUUAACAUAUGAGAUUCUGAUUCAUGCUAUAUGA